ACGUGAGACUCUGAGCCAUUCAAAAAUGUUAAUUCAUUGUUAGGAGAGUUUAAGAUUUACCUUUUAAUAAUUUCUCUGUUAUACCUGCUUUUUAAGUGUGACUUACGGACUGCGUGAGGUUUGUCCUUGUGUCUUUUAUUUCAGUGUUAUUAAAACCGUUUUCUCACUAAUAAAAUGAAGCAUUUGUUUUGAGCGAUAUUACAGGCUAUUAUCAUUGCAGGUUCAGGGCAUGUCUUACAAAAGUGAAUCUGCUAACCGAAAUUCAAACUGUGAUAAGACAUUUAAUCUACGGAUUAAACUAGGUAAUAACUUUAGGAACAAUGAAUGUGUCAGUGGGAAAGGUCUUUCUGAAGAAUCCGCAUCUGAGGCUGAAAGUGAAGAAAACAGAAUAAACAAUUUAACUUUGCCUAUGGGACAACGUAAAACACAUCGAACAUUUCAAAGCAAAGCCAACAAAAGUGCAACAGAUAUUGAUGAGGAUGCUUUAUUAGUUUCGCGUGAGAAAUCUUUAAUAAAGGACCUAAACUAUUGCAGAGUAUGCAAGUACAAACUGUCAGGUCGGAAACAUGACAAUCAUUUCCAAACACAUCGUCACAAGAUUCUUGAGCAUUUUUACGAUCUUUGUGUCGAUAAAGGGAUCGAUUGGGGUGACAUGAAUGCGAGAUCUUUCACUUGUGCCCUCCAUCCUGAUAGAUUUAUAUCCAGUGUUGAAAUUAUGGUGAAACAUUGCAACCGACAGCACCCAGAUAUUGUAAAAUCUUUAAAUUUACCAAUAUCCAAUAUCUGGAAGACACGCCUUGAGAAUCAGUUAGGAAAAGACGUUGUGGAAACAGAAUUGACUAAUUAUACAGAAGAAAAUACAAACGUCAGAGCCGAAGAACCAGAAAAAUUGAAUCUAAAAUUGAAACCUACUAAUUCACCGCACCAGAUAUUUGCUUGUUCCAAGUGUUCUUACCGAAAUUUUCAAAGAAUAUCUGUGCUAAAGCACAUAAUACAAAAACACAAUUUAACGGCAGGAAUGGCUGGAAAGUUUAUUAUAAAAACAUCUAAAAUUAUAAAAUCCAUGCCCAAUAAGAAUAGUGGCCCAAAGAGGCAAUCAGAAGCUCGAACUUUAAAUACAGAUGAACUUGAUAAAUAUAGAGUAAAGGGAAAUAUGAGCGUUAAAUGCAUGCAAGUAAUGGACGCAACUCUUCAACAUUAUAGCCAAUUCCAACCGAAAAAUUUACAAUACGUUUCAAACAGGUUAAGAGAGGAAUUUAUUCGAUUCGCUAAAAAUCAGAAAAAACACAAUGAAAAUGGAUUUUAUUACUGUCCAACUUGCAAGCAUAAAUAUCCAACGGUGAAAUCAGGAAAACAACAUAUCUUACGCAUAGCACAUUCAAAAAAUUUCUUCUCAGAAGAAUAUAGAACCAGAUAUAAAAUUUUGGAAGCAUAUGCUAAUUAUAACGAAAACAAUGAGUUUAUAGGUAUGGUUGGAAGUGAUGUGUCCAAUAAAUCCCGCUCUAGUAAAGAGCGUAGCGUGAGCAGCGUUGAGGAUGCAAUUGAAGGAGAAAAAAGAAAAGUAGUAAAAGAAAAAAUUGUAAAGCCGAAGGCAAUAAAGCGGGUGCUCCCGACGAAUUCUACGCCAAUUCCUACUAAAGUUGCUACUAAAGAUUGGGAUAGAAUUAAUACUCCAGAUUCCUUAAAUUUAGGUUUGUAUAACUUGUCUUUUUCUGAAAGUUUUUAAAUUUCCUUUGUACGAAAAAUUAGUUGAAUUAACAAUUUCUAAUAGCUGCACUACCUCUCGAACGAAAAUGGAUGGAAGCGAUCAGCGAUAUUUCAAACCUUGCAUUAGCCGAUAUUGGCCUAGUUCCACCUGACGACCGUAAUCGUCUCUUCCGUUGCUUAGAUUAUAUCCAUUCAUUAUCAAUGAAGUAUAAGUCUAAACCCCAGCAAAGCGGAAUUUUGAGUUUACUACAACCAUCUACGAUAAGCUAUCCUUCAAUGCAAACUGUGUUUCCCUCAUGCGAAAGUGAAACCUUUAAAAGGCCAGGCAGUCCGAGCCGAGUAAAAGUUACGGAUCGGGGUCUUAGAAGGUUACGGAGAAGUCCAUCGGCUACUUCCUCUCCUAUGUUAGAUGAUGAAUCUAAUUUUACUUCAAAUGGCCUGCUCAACAACUUUGAUACCACAUUUGAUUUAGAAGAAGAACUACUUCGUAUUGAUAACUCUCCGUCAGCAAGAUUAGUUCCUGGCUCUAAUGGCAUACCAGUCGCACAGAAAAUAAAAACUGAGGGUGAUUGGUAACUUUUUCCGUAAUAUAUUGAAAUAUUAUGGGAAAUGUAUCUAUCUAUUAUGCACUUUCGAAUGUUUAGUAAAGUUUAUAUAACACCUUACUUAUUUCUUUGGCAUGACGAUCGAUUAUUUCAGAAAUUUUUAACGCGAUUCUUUCAUGUUCUGUUAUCCUCUUUUCAGUAUAUAUAUGUAAGUUUACUUUAUAUAUAUAUAUCAUACAUAUGUACACUCGGAUAAAUUGUGUUAUAAGAGUGAUUUAGUUUGUACAAUAUAUUUUAUACAAUGUUUGCUACUGGCUGCUGACCUAGGUUUCUCAAAAACGGGCAGUUAUCAUUUAAAGUCAGGC